CCUUUCACCAGUUCACUAGUACACUACAGUCUAUCUACACCUCAACCUCAGCUCAGUGAUCGAGUACUGCUCAGUGAGUGAGCGUCAGAAUGGCGUCGAGGAAUGAAGCGAAAGUGCAGGAAGGCCGUAAGCAUUUGGCGGCUGGAGACAAAUGUCUCCAAACGGGGUUCUUCAAAUGGAAACCCGACCACGAGGGAGCAGCUCAAGCUUUCAAAGAUGCAGCCAACUGCUUCAAGGUGGCUAGAGCACACGAGGACGCGAAGCUUGCGUUUGUGAAGGCAGCCAAGGCCUUGGAAAGUUGUGGCAGUGACUUCCAUGCCGCCAAGUAUUUUGAGCAGGCGGCCAUGAUGGCUAAGGAGUUGAAGCAAGGUGAAGAGGCCGCAAAUCUCUUUGAGCAAGCAGGGCUGUUGUUCCGGGCGAAUGGGUCAGUGGACACUGCCGGCAUCAUGCUGGAUCGCGCUGGCAAGAUUCUUGAACCCCUCAAUGGCGGGAAGGCUUUAGAGAUGUAUUUGUCAGCAGCGGACUUGAGUGAGGAUGCAGAGAAGCUCCGUCAGGCAACUGAGAGCUUGGCAAAGGCUGUGCAGCUGAUGGUCAAGUAUAGAAAGUUUGAUGACUGUGUCAAGGCCAUGGAGCAUCAGCUUGUUUUGAAUGAAAAACUAUCCAAUCAUCAGAUCAUGCAUAAGAUUGCCCUUAGUAUAGUCCUGGUGCACCUCUGCCGGGAUGACUAUGUUGCUGGUGAACGCUUCUUCCGAGAUGCAUGUGGAAUUGAUGGGUUUGGCGAUUCUGAUGCGGGUGCUCUCGCAGAAGACCUGCUGCAAGCCUACGAUGAUGGAGACACCGAGGCGAUAGAGAGAAUAACAUCUGACCAGUACUUCUCCUUCAUUAGCACAGAGAUCGCAAGACUCGCUCGAGCGCUCCGAGGACCACAGGACCUGGCCCCGCCUGACCCGUCACUUGCUCCUCCCCAGGGGGCACAGCUUAAGACCUACUCGAGGGCGAGCAAGCCCGGGUCUGACGAGGCAGUGCGUGCGGCCGUGUCCUCCAAGGCUACGCCGGCCCGUGCAGCCGAGGAUCGCGCAGCUCUGUUUGGCGAGGCGCCACCGCCUGCUGUGCCAGCAUCGUCAAGCAGCAACACCCGCAGCACCGCGGCCUCGUCUACGAGCAGAGAGAGUAGUAGGCCGGCCGAUCAUCCGCCUCCGAAGGCUAGCCCAGCGGCAGCGAGGAUGCCACCUGCCGACGAACGCGCAGCCUUGUUCAGCGAUCCAGCCGACAGCGGUAAGGGUGGAAGCGAUCCAUCUCGAGAUCGCUCUGAUCUAUUUGGAAGCAACAGUGGUGCCCAGCAGAGGGAGGACACUGCGACCACAAGUGACGAACCUGUUUCUUCCAGCGCAGUUGACGUUCCUCCUGUGGAUGAGACUACCAAAGAAGAAGAAGCUGGUGAGGAGAAACUAUUCGAUGAUGAUGAGUUUGCCGAAGGAGACUUGUGCUAAGCACUUGCAGUUUAAAAACGUUACCAUGUAACCUGGCUGGCUGUGUGCACGCGUUGCUUGCAAGCACGUGCCACUGCCGGCGCAACAGAGCAAUCAAUCUAUUUGAUAUCAGUAUAUUAUUAAUAACUAUUGUCUGGCUGGUUUGCUGUUGUCGGGCAGUAACUUCAUGAAACACAUGCUGCCUGCUUAUUUCUCAGCUGUUUUCUUUGCUUGUUGUCGUACUAGGUUAAAUAGCUUGUUUUCUAACUAGGGACUUCCCCCAUGAUUCACUUAUUAAUGCACAAAGUUGUUCAGCUUCCGUACUUGAUUCGUGCCGGUGUACAGUAUUGACUGCAUCCUUCCAGCUAUUCUCUGCCAGAACCUGUACUCUUUAAUUUGUACACUCACACUUCUUCAUGUUCUUGCUCGUCCCGGUGUUCCGUAGUCUUAGCGGCUGGCCCCGCCGUAUUUACAAGUUUAUCUUCUUUUUCUUUUCUUUUUUUAUUCCCACCCCUCUCCCCGUAGUGCGGUCAGGGUGGUUUUCGUGUUUUUGUUUCUUCGCCCUUAGGCUAGAGAGAGGCCAGCAGAUAGACCAUUAGCGUUAACUUAUACGGAGAUGUGACAACAUGCAUGUACCCGACUAUGCUGUCGUGUGACCAGUGCCUUACAGGUAUGCCACUGUCCGUGAUUAUUCACGUUAAAACCGGU